AUGGCGGAAAAUGAGGAUUUGUGCCAUGGUGGCGUCAAUCAAUUAGGUGGUGUAUUUGUGAAUGGUCGUCCAUUGCCAGAUGUUGUUCGUCAGCGGAUUGUCGAGUUAGCUCACAAUGGCGUCCGUCCAUGUGAUAUAUCGCGACAAUUGCGCGUUAGUCACGGCUGUGUUUCCAAAAUUUUAUCACGAUAUUAUGAAACGGGGAGCUUUAAGGCUGGUGUAAUCGGUGGUAGUAAGCCAAAAGUUGCAACUCCACCAGUUGUCGAUGCGAUUGCAAACUACAAACGUGAAAAUCCAACAAUGUUUGCAUGGGAGAUUAGAGAUCGACUGCUGGCUGAAGGUAUCUGCUCACAAGACAAUGUGCCGAGCGUUUCUUCUAUUAAUCGGUGA